UUUUUAUGAGUAAUGGAGUAGUCACUAUAUACAAUCGUGAAAUAAGUUUUGUUUAUUGAAAAAGAUUGAACAAACAGAUUUCUCGUUGUGAUUCCUAUCGUUCGUUCAAAGUCGUGUCGCACCCACCACUAGAUGGCAAUAGCAGCUAACGCCGGAGUUUAUGUUAAUCGACGUAACCAGCAGCAUUGAGACAAUUUUAUGCUAUAUAUCAUUGUUCUGUUCUUAUAGGAUUAGGAUGGAUGACAUUUGUGACUUUUUGAAGUCGAGAAAUAUCACUGAUGACAUCAUACAGCAAAUGCAACAGGAUAAGAUUGAUUGCAGUGUCAUACAGAUUAUGACAGAUGACCAGCUGAAGGAAUAUCUGCCUUCCUAUGGUGACCGACUGGCUAUUCGUGGAUACUGCAGGCGAAAAGAACAAGAUCCCAGUGGCAGAAAAUCUAAACUUUUUGAUCGACUGAGAACCAGGCUAGCAAGAAACAAAGGUGACACUGACAAUGUAUGUGAAAAAAAAAAUGGUCAAAAGAGUAUGCGAAAAAUUGAGAUGGGAUGGAUGCAUUUUCGAGAAGGGAAGUUUACUCAGGUCCGAACAAAAAAAGGUGGGGGUACACGGAAAAUUAGCGUGUCAAAGGACUGUAGAAAAAAGGACCUACUUGAAAAGGCUACUGAGUUGUUUUUUCCUGAUGAGAAAUCUUCCAUGGGAAGCUUCACAGAUUUUGUGGUCGAUGUAACAGACUUUCAGGAGCAAACAAUAGAUGAACAGAUUACAGUUGGAGAACUUUAUGAGCUGACCAAAUUACCAGUCUUGCGUUUUUACUUGACAACCAAGAAGAAAGUCAUCGCUAGCGACACACAUUCAGACACACAGUUCAACUUCAGCAGCGAAACAAUUGCACAAGGAGGGGAAAACCUGCAAGAUUCAAGGUCUCCCAGACGUACCAGCCCAUCUCCUCUGUUGACUGAGAAUGUAGAGCCAGACCUAAUUUAUGUAGGGAGUGGCACUUCAAUUGCAACAGGCAGUGAUGAUAUUUUAUUGUCAGACUCCAUAACUAUCAUGACUGACGCAUCAAGUGUGAUUGAGAUUGAUGCAGCCAGGCCGCCAGAGGUGGGCAAUUUGGAGGAUAGUGGAACUGUAACAAUCUCCACAGGACUCAUCUCUGGGCUGGAAGACACUGAGCUUGAUGACACCUUACCUCUUUUAGAGGAACCAUAUUCUGUACCUUCUCCAAUUGAUAACUCACUGGAGUCCUUUGUUCAGAGUGAAAGAGUGAAGAAAAUUCUUGUUGUUCAUCGCGGUCAGGCCCUUCGACAGCUUAUCGCACAUUUUUGUGACAAAAGUGUCUUGACAGAUGACAUAUCAAUGAAAGUCAUUCUUCCCGAAUGGACGGCUGGAAAAUGCUGUUGA